AUGGCAACUACAACCAUACAAGUCACGGAGCCCGCCACCCUCCGCUCUAAUGGAAAUCUCACGGUCCCCAACAUCAUUGAUCAGAGGGCCGCGUAUGAGCCUCUGAGAGAAGCGUGCUCCAUUCCCCGCACCGCCAAUCCUCGCGAUGGUUGGAGAAUCAUCACGUACAAGGAACUGGCCAAUUGUGUCAACUAUAUGGCCCAGGUGAUCUUGCAGAAUUAUGGUGCACCUCCGAAAGACACCUUUCCCACAAUUUGCUACAUUGGGCCAAAUGACAUUAGAUACGGGAUUAUGAUUGUUGCCGCCAUUAAGGCUGGCUAUAAGUCUCUCUUCGUGUCCCCAAGGAACCCUCUUGAGGCGCAACUGAAUCUUUUCAAUCUUUCCAACUGCCAGAUUGUGGCACGCCCAAAAUCUCACACUGCCGUAGUCGAUUUAUGGUUGAAGAACCGACCAAUGGAUGUUCUUGAAGUUGAAGACCUGGAAUCCAUCUUAGCACAGCCAGAGAUUCCCACAAUCCCUUACACCAAGACGCAGGCCGAGGCCGAGUGGGACCCCUUUGUCGUACUUCACACGAGCGGUAGUACAGGACUGCCGAAGCCAAUCGUUGUCAAGCAUGGCUCUGUUGCCAUGACCGACACUCUUCGCCAAUUGCCCCCUUGGAAUGGCACUGUGCCCACUGGGCAGGCUAUGGAUGCCAGAACCAAACGGCACUUCAGUCCCAUGCCUUUGUUUCACGCUGGUGGCGUUUAUGGGUUUCUUGGAACCAUGGUCUUGGGGGGAAAGCCUCUUGCGCUUCCUUACGCUGACCGUCCCUUGACUCCUGAACUUUGCAUCGAGUGCAUCAAAUACUCGAAGGCGGACAGUGCUGGACUUCCUCCCUCAGUCUUGGAGGAAAUCUCUCACCGCCCCGAGCAGAUCGCAGAGUUGAAGAAACUUGCAUUUGUCGGUUUUGGAGGCGGUCCUUUGAGUCAGGACGCCGGCGAUACCUUGGUCAGAAACGGAGUCCACCUGAUUAAUAUCAUUGGUGCGACCGAGACACUGCCCAUGUGCGUAUGGUACCAAAAGAACCCGGAGCUUUGGCAGUAUUUCAUUUACAAUGAUGAGUACUCUGGACUCGAAUGGCGCAGGGCAACAGGUGAAGACAACGUCUACGAGAUGGUCAUUACUCGCAAGUCGAAGCAAGUGCCGAUCCAAGGAAUCUUCUACACGUUCCCGGACAAGGAAGAGUACAACACCAGCGAUUUGUACAAGCCCCAUCCGACGUUGCCAAACCACUGGAAGUUCUAUGGUCGUGCGGACAACAUUCUCAACUUGUCCAACGGAGAGAAGCUGAAUCCCACUGAUAUGGAGGACAUCAUCAUGGGCCACGCUGAAGUGCGGAACGCGCUCAUCGUUGGGGCCUGGAAGUUCCAGCCUGCACUCAUUGUCGAGCCCAUGACGUAUCCGAAGACCAAGGAGCAAGAAGACGACUUGAUUGACCGCUUGAUGCCGACAAUCGCCGAGGCAAACAAAAUCAUUGCUACACACGGGCGGCUUGUCAGACAUUUGAUCAUGUUGGCUAAGCCCGAGAAGCCGUUCCUCCUAGCUGACAAAGGAACUGUGAAGAGAGCCGCCACGGUCAAACUGUACCACGAUGAGAUCGAGGACCUUUAUGCCAACCCUAGGGAGAUUCCCCUCGACAGAGUUCCACGUCUUGAUCUCAACUCUGAGGCUGCGCUUGCCCAGUCGAUUGAGAAGCUCUUCCGUGAGCAUCUUGGAGUGCCUCGCAUGGAACCCAACACCGAUUUCUUUGCCGCUGGCAUGGACUCUCUCCAGAUAAUUACUGCUGCUCGACUUGUCACCGCAAGCCUUCGUGUCACGGACAAGGCUUACAGCGGAGCUAAUAUCGAAGCGCGCGACAUGUAUGCUCACGCAAGCCCUAUUCAGCUUGCCGGUCACAUCCUCCAAAACGUUGUUCGUGGGCAGGCGAAUGGAGAGGCCAGCUCUGAUGGUCCCAGCGUUGAACCUAUGAAGGAGCUCUACAAUCGCCUUUCACAGAACUUGAUCCAUGCUAAGCCUGGUAGACCGGAGGCUCGGAAGAGUAACCAGACUGUCAUCUUGACCGGGUCUACAGGUAACAUGGGCUCGUAUCUUUUGGACGAGCUGGUCCGGAACCCUCAAGUCAGCAAGGUCAUCUGUUUCAACAGAUCUCCCGAUGGAGGUGCUGGCAAGCAGGAGAAGGCAAUGGAGGAGCGCGGAUUAGUGUCUCCCAGCAAGAGAGGCAAAGUCGAAUUCUUCCACACCAACCUGGCACAGCCGAACAUGGGCUUGCGUGAGGAGGUCUAUGGACGUCUUUUGAAGGAAGUUGACCGUGUGGUUCACAACGCCUGGGCCGUGAACUUCAACAUGCCCUUCGAGGCAUUUGAGCCUCACGUGAAAGGCGUGCGAAACUUGGCCGACUUCGCUGCGAAAGCAGACAGACGUGUUGUCAUGGUGUUUGUCUCUACCAUCGGCACUGUGAGUGGCUGGACUCCGGAUCGUGGUCCGGUUCCAGAGGAGUCUCUCCGAGGAGAUUGGAAGAUCGGCGGCGGUAUCGGAUACGGCAGGAGCAAGCUAGUGUCCAGCAUGAUCUUGGAAGACGCCGCAAAGGUCGGAGACUUCCCGUUGUCAGUGGUUCGCGUCGGACAGAUCGCUGGACCUCUUGCCGAGCAAGGCGCUUGGAGCCGUCAAGAGUGGCUGCCAUCCAUCAUCGCCAGCAGUCUCCACAUCAAGGCACUGCCAAAGAACCUAGCCACCAUGAAUGAGGUGUCUUGGGUUCCAGUGGAGAUUAUGUCAAGGAUGAUCUUGGAUGUUGGCGGCCUCACGAAGGAAUCGACUGAGUACAACGAAGGGUACUUCACUGGUGCCAACCCAUCUCCGACAUCGUUCGAUAAUUUCGUGCCUGCUAUUCAGCAGUACUACGGCAAAAGUCGCCUUCCCGACCUCGUGACGUUCCCCGAGUGGGUCAAGCGUCUCGAGGCGAGCAAGACGGCCAGCAGAGAUUCGGGUGCCGAGCGUAACCCUGGGUUGAAGUUGCUGGACUUCUACCGCGGGAUAUCGCAGGGAGAUGAGAAGACGACGAAGGAGUUCAUCACAAAGCGGACAGCAGAAGCAAGUCCCUCUCUACGAUCAGUCGGACCUGUCACGCCGGAGUUGAUGAUCCAUUGGUGCAAGCAGUGGAAGUACGAGACUCCUGCUUCAGCUCGUGCCGGUCGUUUGUAA